ACUAUUAAUCGAACACACCUCAUGAGGUUGGCUUGGACUUGAUCAAACUUGCCCCUUUUCUUAUGGAAGAAUCAAUGGAUUGAAGAUCCGGGUCAUUUGUACCAUCAAAACGAAUUGAACAGUGCUCAGAUGGAAGUAGAUAGAGAGAGCCUUGUGUCUAAUUUGGUACCUCACGUUGGUAUGGAAUUCGGAAAUUCAGAUGAGGCUUGGAUGUUUUGGCUUAGCUAUGGAGGUCAGAAGGGCUUUGAGGUCAGAAAAAGGUACACAAACAGAAGAAAGCCCGAUGGCAAGGUUACAUCAUGUAGAUAUGUUUGUGGAAAUGAGGGUCAUCGAGGAAAAGACCAAAGAGAUCAUUUAACAAAGUGUCCUCGAGCUGAAACAAGAACCGACUGUCAAGUCCGUAUGGGUCUUGCAAUGGACCGAAAGAAGGGAAAUUAUAAAGUGACAGAACUGGUUCUGGAACACAAUCACGCCCUGCACUUGCCACAAACCUUACACUUGAUGGUGUCACAAAGAAAAAUUUCAGAUUUACAAGCUUUUGAGAUUGAAACAGCCAACGAUGCCGGAAUUGGGCCAAAGGCAGCACAUGAGUUGGCAAGUCGCCAAGUUGGUGGAUCAAUUAAUCUUACCUACACCCUUCGUGAUCACAAGAACUAUUUACGGAGCAAGCGCCAACAAGAGAUGGCAUAUGGUCAAGCAGGUAGCAUGCUUAUGUUUUUUCAAGACAAAAUUGCCGAGAACCCAUCUUUCCAAUAUGCAUUGCAAAUGGAUUGUGAAGAACAAAUAGCAAACAUAUUUUGGGCUGAUGCUAAAAUGAUCACUGACUAUGCACAUUUUGGUGAUGUUGUUAGUUUUGACACUACAUUUGGAACAAACAAAGAGAGCAGGCCUUUUGGUGUGUUUGUUGGAUUCAAUAAUUUUAGAGAAACAAUAGUUUUUGGUGCGGCUCUUAUGUAUGAUGAAACAUUUGAGUCCUUCAAGUGGCUCUUUGAGACCUUUCUAAAAGCACAUAAUGGGCGGCAACCUAAAACAAUGUAUACAGAUCAAGAUUUUGCAAUGGGAAAAGCAGUUGGGGAAGUUUUUCUAGAAACAUGGCAUGGACUGUGCACCUUUCACAUUAUGCAAAAUGCUAUCAAACAUCUAACUCAAGAGAAGAAUGAAGAAUCAAGUAUUCUCUCAUAUUUUAGUGCAUGCAUGUAUGAGUACGAGGAUGAGGCAAAAUUUGAAGAGGCAUUUGACAUGAUGAGGAAAAAGGUGAGCAAGCAAACUUGGUUGGACAGUAUAUACAAGUUGAAAGAAAAAUGGGCUGAAUGUUAUAUGAAGGAUGUUUUCACACUAGGAAUGAGAAGUACACAAUUGAGUGAGAGUCUGAACAAUGACCUGAAAAUUCAUUUCAAAUCAAAUUUUGAUAUCAUUCGAUUUCUUAAGCAUUUUGAAAGGGUGGUGCAAGGAAAAAAAAUAAUGAACUGA